AUGGCGAUUGCUACUGCGUUUGUCGCUUUGCGAUUCUGGGCUCGGACGACAAAAGGAAGUUCCAACUUGGCGUACGACGACUGGUUUCUUCUGGCGGCAUUGGGUUUCGCGUAUGGAACCGGUGGUGCAUACGGUAUUGGCAAACAUAUAUGGGUGGUAGCUGACGAUGAUGUCCUUAUGAGCAUGAAAAUCAUCUUUGCCUACGUUAUCCUCUAUGCGACCACUGUUCCUAUGGUGAAAUUGUCGGUCCUGCUACUGUAUCGCCGCAUCUUUCGCCUGACAUGGACGCUAUACUUCUGUGCAUUCCUUUCGAUCAGUUACGCUAUCGCGGUUUCGACCACCGUCUCCCUUGCCUGUGUACCAACUUCUUUCUUCUGGACACAAUGGGUGAAUCCGUUGGGCGGAGGUCACUGUCGCGUCAAUCUCUAUCAGUUCUAUCUCUGGAACGCCGUAGGGAAUCUGUUCACCGAUGUCAUUAUUCUCUGUCUACCUAUGCCAAUCGUCUGGGGCCUUCAGAUGCCUAGGGCACAGAAGUGGGCUAUCAGCGGUAUCUUCUUGCUUGGAGGAUUCGUCUGCGUGGCGACCAUCAUCCGAAUCUGGGCCAUCACCAAAAUGAAAGUGUCCGUCGAUAUCACCUGGGCCAUUGGUGAUGCGAUGAUCUGGUCCAACGUCGAGCCCUGCAUCGGCAUUGUUAGCGCAUGUCUACCCACCCUCCGCCCGCUUCUUCGUCAAAUCCCACAGCUCAAGCUCUGGGGCUUCUUCGAUAGUAGCUCUAGGGGCUGGGGCAGCGCAGGAGUGAGUAGCAAGAUCCCUGACAGCGCAGACCCGAGCAGUAGUAUCGCAGCAUCAGCAAACCGAUCAGCAUAUCGCUCCCCAACGGGGAAACGCAACCAGUUUCGCCCCGAGGAGGAUGAAAUCUACCUCACAACCGAUGUUGAGCAUACCCAUACCCUUCGUCGCGAUGGAAAUGGUGCUCCAUCUAUUGGUUCAGUCGAUAACACCAAAUCAAUCCCCAUGGGUAUAACGGUGAACCACAACUUCCACUGGCGUGAGGAGCACAAAUAA